AUGCGCCACUGGUUUAUUUUACUCCUGCUUGCAGGUAAGACCUUUAUAUCGCAGCAUUGAUUUAGAAAAAAACUACAGUAACCUAUCUUGAAGCCAACUUUCUGAUCUAUUUAACCUUGAACUUUGCGCCGGUCUGAGUUCACUUUUUUCGUGAGUCUGCUGACAAAUUCAAUUGAAAGAAUUCAGUCUCGAAACUAGUGUGUUUCUCCUCCUCGGAACACAAUCGGCUGGCUCUCUUUUCUCGCCAAAACUGGCAAAUAUUAGGCAAUCCCGAAACUUUUGUUGUUCUCCCGAAAGUUUUGUGUUUGCACCGCCAAGUGAGAGGCCGCAAAUACGGUCCCCGGGGCGGCCGGCGUGACCCGAAAGAGAGUUGCCUUUCCCGAUUUGGAGCCCCCUUCGUCGUCGUCGUCGUGUCGCGAGGAUCAGCCGAUUUGUUUACUCGGGCGUCCCGCGUUUGAUUUCAAUUCUACUAUUUUUGAUUUGACCUCCCCCGGCGGGAUGGGAACAAAACAAGAGGGACCAUCUCAUUUCAAAAACGGACAUUUGCAGGAGGCACAUAUGCAGCCGAGCAGAAGCCCAUUUGCCGGAUAGGCGACGGGUGUGACGGGUCCGGAUGUCGGAUACCGACGCAAGGAGAUCCAUGUGAUGAGGAGAUGACCGCCGAUUCGGUCUACUGCGACCUUGCCACUAAGUGAGUCCUUAUUCUAAUGUUCUGAAGCUCUGAAGGUCAUGAUCUUGUCUUUUCCAGCAAAACCGAUAUGCACGAGAACGCAUUCCUGAUCUGCAAUCUUGUGAAAAAGGAAGUCGAACGAAAAAUCUGUCCGAAAGUGAGCCGUCUAAAUCUGUGACAUCCCCUAACCAAUCCACCUUUCCAGAAUCAAUUCUUCAUCGAUGGCAAGUGUCGAACUGGCAAUGUUCGGUACAAGCGUCAAGGAGUCGCCGGCUCCGGGAGAGUCGGAGACUUCUGCAGCUUCAACACUGACUGUCUUACUGUAAGUUUCAUUCUGUUUUGUGAUUGAUUGACAAUACGUUCUUCGUUUCAGGGCAUGUUCUGUUCCACUGGCUCUUGCACGUGCCUCUCCAACUUUGUCGCCAUUCAAGGCUACUGUUACCUGAAGAAGAAUCCGGGAGAGUCGGGAUGUCAGUACGCCGAGCAGUGCUCCGCAGUCUGGCCAGAGUCGAGAUGCGAAAAGUCGAGAUGCGAGUGCCCGGAAGACGUGAAUGGAAUUCCGUACGUCCAGGCGAAGACGAGAGACGGAGUCGUCUGCGUGCUCCACUCUGGAGAGGACGGAGAUCCGGUGCCAAAGUGCCCACUUCCAGAGUAAGUUUUCGAGUGUUCAGCUGGAGAUUUAACGUGUUGUUAAGGUACGACGAUGACCUCCUCACAAUGCCAGUUUCCCAACUUCGCAACCCGCACAUGACUGACCCGGAUGACGCUGACAUCCAGAUGGGAGAGCACAUCAAUCCCCUUCAGUUCUGUUCGUCUCAAUCCACCGACUACACCAACUUUGUCGCUAACGGAGGAGGUGCCUGCGCCUUCGCGACUGAAGCCAACAACGCUCAGGAAGGAGACGGAAUCUACAUUGCUGACAUAUACGAUUGUCUCGUUUCCACUACUUCCAUGGCCAACGUGAAGACUGCCAUGGAGGGAGUCUACGACAUUCAUCCGUCUUCCGACGGUAUCUGCUGUCCGAACCGAGCGUUCACUUGCAUCCAACCGAAGAGAGAGGCUGACAGUGGAUCGGCUGCCCCGGCCGGAGUCCGCCCGAGAUGGUGGUACAACGCCGUGACUGGCACCUGCGAACAGUUUAUGUGGGACCCGUGGGAUGAGACUGAGAUGCAGUCGCCAAACAACUUCAAGACUAGAGAGCACUGCGAGUCCUACUGUAGAGAUAGUGAGUUUUAGCGUGGACGCUUCUGAUCUUCAACGGGUCACUUUCAGCCUGCAAGCGCGGAUCGCCACAAUAUCUGACUGGAUCCAGCCAGAACGAGGACGAGCCGGUGAACAACUGCCAGACCGCUUCCUCCUGCACCUCCAACUUCGAGUGCACCUCCAUCGGAUCCAUGCAACUCUGCUGCCCGACCGUCGCCAGCAUCUGCUCCAACACCGGAGGCCGUCCGGUCGAUCUCAUCCGCUCCACCAACUUCGACGCCGGAGUGCUCAUGAAGCGCAGCUUUUCGAUGACCUUCUCCACCAGCUCUCGCUACUAUUACGAUGCCGAACAGGGCCGUUGCAUUGCUUUCACCUACAACGGAGCUCUCGGAAACUUCAACAACUUCAAAUCGUCGGCGGAUUGCGAGUUGUUCUGCGCCAAAUUGCAGUGCAAAUACGGUACUCCGCUCAAGAUCGGAUCAUCCAAUCAGGUAUGUUUACGAACGAAACAGAUCGGGAGAGCCUUUACAUUUGGUUUUCAGAGAUGCUCCGCGAAUGCUGACUGUCCGAGCACUCACGAGUGUCAAUCGGAUCACAACGUUUGCUGCCCACGACCACGUAAGCCACUGCUCGUCAGUCUGUAACUCACUGAUCCCGAUUCCAGAAGCCAUCUGUUCCCAGCCACUGCGUCUCGGAGACUGCAAACAGUCCGUCCGCAGAUACUGGUACAACGCCGUGACUCGAGCCUGCGAGAUCUUCGACUACACCGGAUGCCAAGGAAACGACAACAACUUCGAGACCCUUCUAGAGUGCCAGAACACUUGCGAGAACAUCAUUCCGGAGCCGCAGUGCCCGCAAGGAGACGCCUACAAGGACUACCAGGGCAACUACUACGUGUGCUCCAACUCGGGAGCCGGAAACUCCUGCCCGGUCAACUAUGAGUGCUACUUCGACGGAUACGUCUGGGGAUGCUGCCCGACAAAGGCGUACACUUGCACAUUGAGCCCGCACAAGGGAGUCACUUGCGGAUCUGGAUCUUCUUACAGGUACCCUUUCAGUUCUCAAGAGUCUCAUUUAAUUGAUUCUUGUUUCAGAUACUUCUACAACUCCCAGACACAAGAAUGCGAAUCGUUCCAGUACAAUGGAUGCGACGGAAACUCGAACAACUUUGCCACCCGCGAGGACUGUGAGGGAUACUGUGGCGUGGGCGGAUGCCCGAACGGAGGAACCCCCGAACGCAACGAGUUCGGACAGUUGAUGGUCUGCUCGGCCACCCAGAACUGCCCGGGCACCCACGAAUGCACCUCCGUCAACUCGGGCAGCUCCGUCGUCAACCGAUGCUGCCCCACUCGUGCGCACAUCUGCUCGCUCCCACCGCAACAGGGAUCCUCGUGCAGUUCCUCGGCCGCCGCUCGCUUCUACUUCAACAUUGUCACCAAGGAAUGCACACAGUUCACCUAUAACGGAUGCUCCGGAAACCUCAACAACUUCGCCACCCUCGAGCAGUGCAACAACUUCUGUCUCUCGGCCGCGUGCACUCCAGGAGACGUUGCCUACGUGAACCCAAACACGAACAUGCCGUACGAGUGCAAUGCCGCUCUCUCCAACUCGUGCCCCACCAACUUCGCGUGUACUUACGAUCAGCUCUCCAGCAAUUCUGUGUGCUGCGGAGCCACCAACAUGGACGUGUGUCCGGAAGGCGAGAAGGCCUACGUGAAUGCUGCCGAUAUGGGAGUCCGCGAGUGUCUCAUCAAUGUGGAGGGAUCCUGCCCGAGCAACUACCUCUGCCGUUUCAACGCCAUGAAGAACCGCUACUACUGCUGUGCCUCGAUCACCGGGGACCUCUGCCCGUCCGGAAAGGCUCUCUACCGCGAACCGUCCUCCAAGGCGCCAAUCCGUUGCACCAUCAGCUCCAACAACAACCAGUGCCCGACCGGAUACUCGUGCCAAUCCGACGUUCCCGGCGCAUUCCAAGGAUACUGCUGCUCGGCCAAUCAUCUCUGCCCGAACAAGGCUGAUUUCUACCUCGAGGAGUCCUCGCAGAUGCCAAGAUCGUGCACCCUCGGAGCGUUCAUCACUUGCCCCAACGGUUAUUCCUGCCAGUCCACUCAAAACGAGUUCACCACUGGUUUCUGCUGCAAGGGAGAAGUCGCUUCCGUCUCUGAUGGCUGCCCGCCAAACGAGUACGUCUUCAUGAAGGACAACCAGAUUGCUCCGUGCGAUCCGUUCAACCCACCGAACGCUCCGUGCCCGAACGGCUACUCAUGCCAGUGGUCCCUGGCCAAUCAGAGGUAUCAGUGCUGCGGAGCCACGCCCAUCACCACCCCGAAGUCGAUCGCGGCGCUCGGAUGCCCGAACAACCAGGUCGCCUACCGUGAGCACUCCUCCAACGCUCCGAGAAUCUGCACGGCCGCCUCGCAGAACUGCCCGACCGGCUUCUUCUGCCAAUUCUCCACCGCCAACAACCAGUUCCAGUGCUGUGGAAUGUCGGGAGGAUGCCCGAACGACUCGGUCGCCUUCAUCGGAAUCACCGGAGAGCCGCAGUCGUGUGCCAUUGGACAAUCCACCUGCCCGCCCGGAUACUCUUGCCAGAGAAGCAUCUCGGGAGCCCAACUCUGUUGUACUACCAACGAAGAGCCGGUGGUGACGAAGGGAUGCUCGGAGAAGCAAGUCGAGGUCGACGGAGCGUGUCUCGACAAAAAGUCGCUCGGAGAGGCUUGCGCCAAUCAAGUGCAGUGCCCAUCCGGAUCCACGUGCAAGGACUCGGUGUGCUCCUGCCCAGAAGGACACCACGAACUCAACGGAGUCUGCCUGGCCGACUGCGGAGCCAACGAAAUCGAGGUCGCCGGAAAGUGCGUCGUGAAGACGUUGAUCGGAGAAGUGUGCGAGCACGACGAGCAGUGCCAGGGAGGAUCUUCGUGCUUGGAGACCGUCUGCACGUGCCCCGAAGGCGAAGAGGCUGUUGAGGAUGUUUGCAUGAAGAAGAUGUCGAGACCGAUGUCGACGUGCCCGAUCCCUGGACAGAUUCCGUACUUGGAGCCACGCACCAAGAACGCCCGCUUCUGCUCGCCGUCCCGCCCGAACUGCCCACGUGGAUUCAGCUGCCAAUUCUCUCAGACCGCCCAACAGAACAUCUGUUGCGGAGGCGGAAAGGCCUCAGCCAUCAUUGGAGCCGAGAAGAAGGCCGGAAAGCCGAGCACUUUCAGUUCGAAGCCGACCGGAAAGGAAGAGACCGACGAGGACGCUGCGAAUGUCUGCGAUCGUGGAAGUGCGUACGUCGUGAACGGAACUCCGAAGCAGUGCACUUCGUCUCCGUGCCCCAGCGGUUACAAGUGUACUUUCUCGAAGAAGAGCAAGAACUACUACUGCUGCUCGUCCAAGGCCGCUCCAGCCGGAGGCUCUUCAGGAUCUUCGGGAGCUUCGAACGGAUGUGCCACAGGAACUGCUCUCCUGUUCCCAUCCACCGGAACUCCAGUCCAAUGCUCGAACAGCGGAUCGAACAGUUGUCCAGCCGGAUACAAGUGUCAAAAGAGCACACUUUCGAACAGAUUCCAAUGCUGCUCAAGUGUGGACGGAGGCGAAAAAGAGGGCGAUGAGGAGGAGGGACAGCCGAAGCUUCCGGUCCGUGGACGGCCAGUCGUCGGAGGAAGAACGGUGACCAACAAGAACAAGGAGAACGCCGCCAACGGUGAGUCUGAGAGACCGGGAAAAGGGCAUCACAUUCACGUUUCGAUUGCAGGACCGUGCUCGAACGGACAAGUGCAAGUGCUCCGAAUCGUCGGAGAGAGAAUAGUGAAGAAGUGCGAGGACAAGUGUCCGCCGCACCAGGUGGCUGUCCGCGGCGUCUGCCGUGACAAGUACCUCGCCGAUGCGCCGCUCAACAACGAAAUCUAA